GUGUCCCCCCAGUGUCGUCAUUGGAUUCUUGGCUAAUCAGACCAGAUUCCCCCCCCGUGACUCCGGCUGGGGGGGUCAGGAGCCGGGGGGGAGGGGCGCUGUGGGGGCACCGCCGUAUCCCCCCUCGGUCCUCCCUCAGAACUUCCUCAUUCCCUCCCCCCGCCUCCACAUGCUAAUGAGGCGGCUUCCCAUUGGCCAGCGGCUAAUGAGAUGCGGGUGAGCUCAGCGCCCGGGGUUCUUUAAAUGGGACCCCGGCGUCCGGGACUCCGCUGCGGCUCAGGGCAGGUCCCGGACGCCGGGGUUCCCCAGGGCGGCCCCUGGCGGCGAAGCGUGGCGUUGACAGGUCUCAGGCCCCACGACGCUGCCCCACCCAGGAUGUCGGUGCCCCUAGCCGAGUUCCCCACCAGCCCCCUGGCCCUGGAAUAUCUCAACGAUUUUGACCUGCUGAAGUUUGAGGUCAAGCGUGAGCUGGCCGGCCCAAUGGGCGGGGCCUCCCUGGGCCCCUCCCCCUGCAGCUCUGUGCCACCCUCCCCCACGCUGAGCGAAGUGGGGAUGGGGGAUGGAGGGGACCCCAAGGCAGGGCUGGAGGAGCUCUGCUGGCUGGCGGCGUUGCACCAGCAGAUGGCCGGGGGCGGGGAGGGGCUGGGGCUGAGCCCGGAGGAAGCGGUGGAGGCCCUGCUGGGGGGGGCAGCCGAGGGGGGGUUCUGCCCCGGGGGGCUGCUCCAGCCGCAACAGCAGCUCCCGCCGCUCCGCGACCGGCUCUCGGACGAGCAGCUCGUGGGCAUGUCGGUGCGGGAGCUGAACCGGCGGCUGCGGGGCGUCGGCAAGGACGAGGUGCUGCGGCUGAAGCAGAAGCGGCGCACGCUGAAGAACCGCGGCUACGCCCAGUCCUGCCGCUUCAAGCGGGUCCAGCAGCGCCACGUGCUGGAGGCGGAGAAAUCCCGGCUGGCCCGCGAGCUGGAGGCCCUGCGGGGGGAGCUGGCCCGGCUCGCCCGCGAGCGCGACCUCUACAAGGCCCGCUGCGAGAAGCUCCUGCCCCAGGCCCCCUCGCCCUCCCAGGGCUUCCUCUGAGCCGCCCCGGGGCCUGGGGCGCGGACACUGGGGGGCGGCCAGCAGGGGGCGCUGUUCUGCUCUGGACUCGGGGGUGUCCUUCCGCCCGUGGCCAGCAGGGGGCGCUGUUCUGCUGAGGACUCGGGAGGUGUCGUUCCGCCUGUGGCCAGCAGAGGGAGCCCACUGGCUCAAUGACGUCUCCAGGCUCUCCACAGUCCCAGCGGUGUUACUCCCUUUUGCCACCAGGGGGAGUGUGACUGGGACCUGUGGGGGGAGCAGGGGAUUUUGGGGGUGACUCUGGGGUUCCCCCUUCCUGCCUCCCGAGGGGAGUAAGUUGUAGGGGGAGGGAAUUUUUUUGAGAGCCGGAUCAACGUUUGUGUGGAUUGUGAUGGGGCGGCCCUAGGUGUGGGGGACCCUCCCUCUGACAAUGGGAGCGUGUGUGGGGGGGCUGGACUCACCUGUUGCAUGCCGGUCAUGCCCACCGAUGCUGCACCCCAAAAAGCAGCACCAGCAGCCAAGCACCCUGUGUAC